CGCUUGACUCCGCCCCUUUAUCUCGCCUCACCUGGUGGAGUUUAGCACGCAGGUAUCUCACUGCACCGCUGAGACAAAGCGCACAGAGUAGUGUUAGUGUGUGUGUAUGUGUGUGUGUGUGUGUGUGUGUGUUCGGGGGAAAAGUGUGUGAGAGAUUUCAACAUGCACGGAAAGCCCUGACAGUGAAGCACCGCGGUGUGUGUGUGUGUGACGAGAAGACGGCUGGAGAUCCAUGGACUUCACACGAGUUUACUGAGAAGCGCAUUGUGGGAAAAACGGUGGCGUAAUGUCAAGUGGCCGUGAAUCAGUGGGUGACUUGAUUCCCCAGGACAUGCUGGAAGUUUUUGCCCAGGAGCGACAGAGUAAGCGGGGCAAAAGGUCCAGGAGGAGGAACACCUUUGGCCGUGCGUUCAGCUGGUUAAAGGGACGGCGCAGAAAAAAUCUCCGUCAAAACAAAGACAUAAACAUCAGCCUGCUCACACCUGGAUUACUCGUGCCCAUCCUACCGCCUUCAACCAACACGGUAAAAGUUGAGACAUCGUGUCCUCUAAAGCACGUCCAAGAGAACGUGUUUAUCGAGGGACCUCGAACAAAGUAUGUAGAGGAUCUGCAAAUGGAGGCUCAGGAGGGUCUGAAACUCCUACAGCACGAUGAAAACAGAAAUGGUGUGGACUAUCAGGAUGACCAGAGUGUCAUUUCGAACGUAACGGCUCGCACGGACGACGACGUGAGCUUCAGCGAACUGGGAAUGUCCGAGUCCGAGAGCACCGCCGCUGACACGAUCUCCACACGGUCUGUCACUUCCUAUCAGUCUUCACGUUCCGGACUUACAAGGCAAGGCUCUAGCUUCAGACCACUAAAAGAGGACAAAAAACAUGGGAAGGGCAAGUCAAAGAAAAAGGCGGGAAUGUUCACAGGAAUACCGAGACACAUACAGAAAGAACUGGGGCUUGACAGAGCCGCGUGGACGGCGUCCCAGUUCACUGACGCUCAGCUAUCCAAUGGAGGUUUAAGCAUUUCCACCGUCGUCCCCACCCCGGAUAGCAUAUCCCUCGCCUCGGUCCCAGACGGAGCAAUAAUGUAUCUGCAGACCAUGAACAGUCUUCAGCAGGCUGUGACAGAGGAGACAUCACAGCUCCCACCACAGGAGGGACAGCAGGCGUUCGAUCCACAGAAUUCACUAGCCCGUCCCUGGACGACCACCUCGGGCAACUCUCCAUCCAGUCCAGUGAUGUACGUCUCCCCUGAGGCCACGUACAUGAACAAGAUUAUCCCAAAUGCGAUACUGCCUCCAUCUGUGGACGUGGUUGAACUCAGCCGCAACAGAAGUCGUAGUAGCGUUCGCAUGGUGAGCAAGAGCAGCCUGGCGUCGGCCAGUCCAGCUCCGUCAAGAGCCUCGUCCCGGGCAUCUUCCAGGUUCUCCUCACGAGCUCCAUCUCUGAUGUCUUCGCGGUGUUCUUCUCGGGCUUCCACGUGUCGGACCGCCACCCUCUCAGAAUACUCAGGCUGGAGCCGCUCGGGAUCAUCAGAGACGCUGGUCUCGGACUCUUCCACCAUUUCUAGCAGCAGCACUCCUCGUGCAGCCAGCAGGAAUCAGGCAGAAGACAAGAUUGGACCUUCUAAUGACAAACGUUAUCCCGAUGCGCAAAAUACCCCUUUCAAUCCUGUGAACGGUAACAACCCAGCAGAGGAAGCCUGGAAGACCUCGGGAUCGACGAGUCCUUUUAAUCGCAGCUUAUCUGUGAUUAAAAGGAGCAAGAAACCACCACCUCCACCAAGUCGCUCGUAUUCGCUGCAUUCCGGUCCGUAUGCAAGAAAGUAUAAUUCUCUGAAAAAUGGAUCUCAGAAAGUGGAAUCACCCUACAGUGUUUAUACAAGUCAGAAUGGCAACAUAGCUGUUCCAGGUAAAGAGAACCCGACGAGCAGUAGGACAGUGUUAGCAGAGCUACAGCUACACAAAAGCCAAACGCAUACAGGCCACUUACCCUAUUCACACGCUAAUGGGAGGAUUCACCAGAAUAAGCUCAAGCAGUUCAUGCCAUCUAUCAAAAGUCUAACCUCUAAUGGUGUGGUUGCUUCACCAGCUGUGAGGACUAUUAUGGAACUCCUUGAUGUUCCAGAUCCCCCUAAAGUUCUGGCUCCACCUUCACCUCCUCCUGAGACAUGGGCACACAAUCAACAAACCUUUGAGCUACUGUGUGGACCUGGACCUGUCAAUUUUGAGCGGUGGGCUCAAAAAAGAGGUCUGAAGAUCGAAGUCCCAAUCCCAAUGGCUAAAAGGAAAAUACCACCAAAAAGCCAAGCAACAAAUGACAUGAAGGACAAUAUAGAAGCUCCUAAAGCACAAACUCAAGCAGCCAUGGUCAAAGACCUGAUAUACAUGACUACUCCUACAAAGAUAUCCGUCGAUGUUCCGCCUCCUUAUGGCAACGCUCUGCCUUUACCCAGGCUUACCGAUGUCGGUCCUUCCCCGUCUCCUUCACCGCCUCCUGAACAUAUACCCCCCCUGCCCCCAACAGACCAAACCGUAACUCUAAAAGAAAAUGCAUCCGCUCAGUUCCAAGGACCAGGUGAUGACAUCAUAUGUCCCCCUCCACACCCAUUGUUCCCACCACCUGCACCUCCUACAAAUGGGCAGGACGAAACAGAAUUUGCAUCUUCACACAUGCCACCUUCUCUACGUUAUUUAUUAAAAGUGCCCCCAGUGCCACAGGACGCUCAGCCGUCAACGUUAGAGAACACACCACCUUCUUCAGCUGAGAAGAUCCCACCUCCUCCAAUGAUGCCGCCUCCUCCUCCAAUGAUGCCACCUCCUCCACCAGCAAUCCCACCACCUUCAACAUUUAAAACUCCUCCUCCACCGGCAAUCCCUCCACCUUCACCACUGAUUCCUCCUGCAGAGACCCCUUCUCCUCCAAAGAAAUCCCCAAAAGAUUUAUCCUCAAAGCAAAUCUCGUCCACAACAUUUAACGUCCCUCCACCGCCGCCAUUACCAGUAGAUCUUAAGAAAGAAGUCAAAGCUAUCACAGUUGAAAAACAGGAAAAAUGUUCAUCUCAGCCCACCACCCACACUGUUGUAACUUCAGAGGAGAGUCCUACCCCAAUGGUCACACCUUCCUUAUUACAGAACGUUCGUCUCAGGUCAAUCAAGUCCAAGGUGAGCCCAGCCGAAACUGGAGGACCAAAACCCAAGCAUCAGAUCGGUCAAGACGCACCCCAAAAGCCAAUGAGAAGAUCUCUGAUUUUGAUUACACUUGAUAUUCCCUCACAAUCGACUACAGAUCAAAAGGAAGACGCUCAACCACCGUCGGACGCCCAACAAAAAACUGAACCAAAAGUAGUGUCUGGAAAUGCUGAACAGGUUUCACUGGAUGUAAAGCUUAGCCCCCAUAGCCAAGUCAGCAUCCCAGACCAAAACACUCAACAAGCAAGCGCUGAACCAAUCAAAGAGUCCUUGUCUGCUGGAUCAGUCGACCAAACCCCCAAUUCAGAACCUGAACCCCAGAUCACUGUGCAGGACAUUCGAAAUGCAACACCUGAACCAUCAAAUGCGCUAAACCCUGACGAACCAAAAGAUCAACCCGUUGCCAAGGACAUAAAAGAAGUACAGAACGACUCCAGUGAAACAAGAGAGAAACAAAGUUCAUCACCGGUACAACCAGAGCAAGAUGCUAAACUUUCCAAACCCCAAACAUUAACACUCAACACAUCUCCAAGACUCAAUCCUGCUCAAAAAGUGCCUUCAGCUAGUGUUCAACCUUCAUCUUCCAUGUGCCUCCAAGAAGCCAUUCGUCUAAAAACCGCUGCCUUGUCAUCCACAGACAGCCAAGCAAAGCGCCUGAGUCUGCUGCAUUCCCCUCCACUGUCCAUGGGGCCCAUCUCACCAUCAUCUACAGCAAACUUCAUCUUCUCCAAAAGCACGAAAAAGGUGGUGAUCGAAAGACCUCCGUCAUCUCCGGAGUCCAAAUCAGAUCUGACAAAGAUGCUGGCGCAAGAGUUGAAUUCUGUUCCGCGAACAUCCAAACCUGCUGCUGAUCCCCACAACGCAAAAGCCAAAGUCCCUCCUCCAGUCGCUAAGAAGCCCAGUGCUAAGAGUGAAAGUAUUACCCAUAAUUCCUCAGAGAAUAAUGUGGACACCGAGCAUGUGCAAACUGCUGGUCAGUGAGUGCAGCCACUGGAAAGAAGCAGAUGAUGGACGAUUUGAAGACCGGGACCGCGUUAAUUAAUCAACUGUAAAUAAUUCACAAUUACGACCACAAGGUGGCGCUCUGUAACGUAUGCUGAACAGGAAACCGACGUGACGAAUCCCUCGAGGACAGAAAUGCCACUGAAUGCUGAAGAAGUGGAGGAAAGAAUAACGGGGAGAGAAAGAAUGUGUAGAAUGAGGAAAAGGAAGGAAAAGGUGGUGGAUGUAGAGAAAUAAAAGUCAAAAAUGAAAAACAGACAGGAAGAAAGGAAUGAAGAACACUUUCAGUGGGAAAGUAGCUCAUAAGAGAUUUGUGUAAUUGUAAAACAGUAGAAACGUUUUGUGUCGUUUUCCACAGAAGGUGUCGGUCUGUGUGACUAAAUAAUUGUAAAUAAUUUGCAAUAUAAUGAUGUACAGUUUGAACUUUUUGCCCAGAACAAAUUUAAACAGGUCUAUUGACUGGACCGUCCUUAAUUUUAAUAUAUACCAUUUUUGUGCACUACUAUCCUGCGUGUGGGGAAUCACUGAUUUAAGUCUUUUAGAAUUUCUUUAAUUUCUGAAACCUUUCUGUCUAACUUAUUGUUUAGAAAGAAAAAAAAUCCGUCCUUCGCUCAACGCUCGACUUAUUUCAGGUCCAGUCUCUUUAACUGCUUUUCUUUUGCCAUUCUUUUGUUGUUGUCGUGAUUUAAUUUCAGUAACUAGCUGUGGUUUAUGUACACAAAGCAGUAUAGCUUGUUUAAAAGGGUAGAAUUAAAAUCAGGCAUUUUUAUGUAGCCUGCGGUCGCUUCUGCUUAAAGAGCGUGAUGUUCUUUUGUUUUGUUUUAAAGCACCUUAUAAUCACCACUGACAUGCACACUGGACUACAACCAGGUCUCUUUUUUUUCAAGCUGUUAAACCAUUAAACACAAUCUGAAGCAUGAA